AUGUUACAUGCAAAACCAAAGACUUAAACACAAUAAGUACUUUUCUAGGAUUUAAAGAGUAAGAAAUCUUCAAUAUCUUUCAAUCCUAUUAACACACUUUUUGGAAAUCAAUAAACUGUUCAUCUCCCAAAUAAUUUAUGUAUAUAUUCAUAAUACACUUAGCAAUUCCAUUAUAUAGAGGACAUUUUGUUAAUUUUCAUCAUGAACAGAUAAGAAUAAAUGAUAAUUAUUCUUUAAGUGGCAUUUAAGAUGGCUUUCUUUACUUUGUGGUGAAUUAAAAAACAAUGCUAUUCUAUUUCUAUUCCCCAUUGUAAGAUGAUCUAAAUUACUAUUACAAUACUGUAAAUAUUUCUAAUUAAUUGUAGGAUGAUAAGAAGUACAAAUUUCCAUUCAGAUUCAAAGAACAAUAGAUUAAUAAUCUAGAGUAUAUUACAGCCGUUGGAUUUUAAUAAGUAGAUGAUAUAUGGACUAUGGCAAUAGCCUCAGAAUUCUAUAUAUAUUUAUAUACUUUUACAGCAGAUUUAGAUAAUUUUUAAUUGCUAAAAUAAGGGUUCAAUGUUAAUGGAGAAAUAAUAAAUUAAAUCAUGUUUUAUUAAGAUAAUUUAAUCUAUGGAGGUAGUUCAGGUACUCUUACAUGUAAAUCUAUUGAUACAGCUUAAAAUUAUACUAUUUAAUUAAAAGAGAAAAUAAAAAGAUAAUUCAAUCGAAUUUUCAAAGAUUUGACUCCUUGGUCAUCAUAAUAAGGAUUAAUUUAAUUGGAAUUAUAAGAAGAAUUUAAUAUAUGUUAUGGUUUAUUUGAGAAAUUAGAUAAAAAUGAGAAUGUUGAAGAUACAUUUAUUACAAUAUAUGAUAUUGGAUUACAAGGAGAACUCUUUUAAGAAAUAAUCACAAUUAAAUAAUCUUAUCUAUAUAAUUCUAAUUUAGAAUUCAAAAAUUAAUUUGAUUAUCAUAAUCUAUAAUUUUAUCAUGCUUUUUUUGAAAGACAAUACUAAACAAAUAAGAUUGUAUUAAUUAUUACAACUAAAGACUAAUUACAACUACAUUUAUUAUUUGAAUUAUAAGAUAGAACAAUCAAUGAAAUAAAUCAAUUUAAAUAAAGAAGUUCAAAUUCAAAUAUUACUUAAUAACAAUAUAUUAAAUUGAAAGCAGAAUUCUAAAUAAUCUAAAUCAAAAAUCCUUAUAUGAAAAUAGAUACAAUAAUUCCAUAUGGAGUAUGUUUAGAUGAGAGCAGAAUAUAAUAUAAAUAAAAAGAGAUGUUAACAAUUCAACAAAGUUAAAUUUUGAAAUCAGUCUAUAAAGAAGAAUAAUUAUCAUUGUUUCAUUUAGAUAAUUAUAUUAUUGCAUAAUUUCUUGAUAUGGCUCAUAUUUAAUAUUUAAGAAAUUUAGAACAAUAAAUAACUAAAUAUAAUUCAUAUAAUUAGAUCUAAUAUUCUAUAUAUAGAGAUACAUCAAAAGAAGCAAUAGAAAAAAUUGAACUUCAUUGUUAAAAUAGUCAUGACAUUCCAAAAAAUAUCUAUAAUAUAGGUAAAAUGACUGUUAAUAGAUUAUUCAAUCAUUUUGAUAUAAAUGAAUCUUAACUCUAUAAUCUUCCUGAACAUUACAUUUGUAUUGCUGAUCAUACAGUUGAAUUCAUUGUUAGAAUGAGACCAAUAGAUUGUUUCUUUACAGCUAUCAAAGUAACACAUUAUGAUUUCAUUGAUUAAGUGGAUGCAGAUUUUCCAAUUGAAAAAUUGGUUAGAGCAUUUGGAAUUGAGGAAAGUUGUGCUUAAAUCUUAUAAAUCAUUAUUCAAGAAGAAUAGAAUUUUUAUAUUAAUGUUGAACUUUAACAUUAAUAUUAAUUAGAUUUAUAGAAAGCAUAUUAAAGAAUACAUUAUUCAGAAAAUAUUCAAAAGUUUUUUGAUGACAAUGAAAAGAUUCCAAAUUGGGUUACUGGUUAAGUAUAUGUACGCAAAGGAGUUAUUAUUAAAGAGAAAGCACUCAAAGCAUAUUUUGCUUUAAUUAAACGUUCAUUAAUUAAUGAAGAUAGAAAUUAAAAAUCUAAAAAAGUAUCAAGUACUACAUCUUUAAUUUGGAAAAUACUUGCUCCACUUACAACCAAGAAAUUCAUAAAUGAAAAAGUGUAUAAUUUAGAAUGUAAUAAACCUAUUGAAAGUUAUUCAAUUUAAUAAUUACAAACUGUAUUUAAAUAGAUUGAAAAAUUAAUUAAAUUAUUUGAAAAUGAACCUAAUUAUUUUUAAUAAAUUAAAAGUUAAAGAAAUGAUUUAUAAGUUGAAGAAUAAAAUUAAUUUCAAAAUUAUAAAAAUGGAUUUAGUAAAUACAUUUAUGAAACUUUUGAAUAAAGUACUAGAUUAGAUAUUUCAAGAAGUACCAAUUAUUCAGAUUAAUCAUUAGCUGUUACAGUUAAUGUUGAUGUAGAAUAUGUAAAAAUAAUUAUAUCUAUUUAUAGAAUUAAAUGAAAGUACUCUAUUCUUUUUGUAAGAAAAUCAAAUAAUUAUUAUAAUUUUUGAUUUACUUCUUUGGUGAAUUAUAAGGAAUCAGAAAUAUAAUAAACAGUUAUUUAAAUAAACCUUAACUAUUUGAAUUGUCAAUCCAAAGUGUUCUUUGUGGUGAAACUAUAGGUAAUUUAACAUUAAAAUAAUUAAUGAUACAUAUUAUUAAAAGUGAUAAAACAAAGUUUAGAGAAACUGCUUAAUAUAUGAAUCAUCAUUUUCCUGAUUUCUUUACUAUUGCAGAUUUCAAAAUCAGCUUAGUCUAAAAUCUAUUUGAUGAAAUUCUAACAUUUGCUGCACAAAAAAGUAAAAAUAUUAUACUACUUAAUAGAUUUGAUUAAACUUAAUCCAAAUGAAUAAAUUAAUGAGAAAAUUAAGAGAAUCUUAAAAUUAUCCAAAACUCCUUAAAUUACUAUUGAUAAAGUACUUGAUAAACGAGAGAUCUUUCUAUAUUAUAAGGAUUUAUAACCUGAAUUAUAAGACUAAUUAUUAGAAGCAUUGAAAUUAAUAGAAGAAGUAGCUAUACUCAUUGAACAUUCUUAUUUAACAUAAUGCUUUAAAAAUUAUAUGUAUCCUUUUGCUACUUUUAAAUUCUAUGUGUAAUAUUUAGCAUAAAAAUGUUAAUAAUAAGAAAAAGAUUAAUCUAGUGAUGAAUAUUGUAAUUGCAUAAUGGAUUUAAUUGAUUAAUUUAAUAAUCUAAUUAAAUACUAUUUAAAUCCUCCAAAAGGAUUAACUAAAGCAUAAACUAAAGAAAUUUUAAUUGAAUCACUUCAAUUAUUAAAUUAAUUUUAAUUAAUUAAACCAACUGAAGCAAUAGCUAAUAGUAUAUUAAAACAUUAGCUAAAAGAAUUCAUUUAAUAUAUUGAUUAUAAUUAAGAAAUGGAUUUAUAAUGUAGUAAUGAUUUAGAGAAAUUAUAAAUGUAAAAGAAAUAAUUCUUAGCAAAAGCUGUUAAAGGUAAUCAUGAAGUAUAUCCAUAAUUGAUAUAAAUCUUGUUAAAAUUAGCACAAUUUUCAUUAACUUAAUGUCCAGAAAUGAAUUUAGAGGAUAUUCAAAUUAAAUUACCCAUAAAAAAGAGAUUAAGAUAUGUUAACAAGGCAUAAGAAUUCAUUAGAACUUUCUAAAAGAAUGCUUAAGGUAUUGAUAUUAAUGAAAUUGAAAAAUAAGCAUAAAAUUUAAGUAAAUAAUUGUUUUUGUAAGAUAUUAUGUAUGAUUUUGUUCUAUCUAAUGAAGGUGAAAAUCAAAGUAUAUAUAUAUAUAUAAUUAACUUAGGUUAUCAUACAGAAAAGAGGAAAAUUCUUAUAGAAAUUUUGGAUUGCAAAAUUAUUCUACAAUUCUUUGAAGAUAAUAAUAUUUAUUUUGGUUAAUUAUUAUGUUUGGAUUACUUGGAAUAUUCUGAAGGAAUAUAAUUAUGCACUAAUUAGAAUGUUGAAUAGUUAUGGAUCAAUUUUAUUUUUAGUGCUUUUGAAGAAUCUUAUGAAUGGCCAACUGAUGUAUUUAAACGAUAAGUAUUUAUAUAAUAUUAGAAAUUUUAGAUGAAAUUACUUUUUGAGAAUUUAAUUAAUAAUUAGAAAUACAUUCAAUUAUAGAAAAUGACUGAAACUAUUGAAUUAAUUAAUACUAAAGUAUGUCAGGAAUAAUAAGUUACUCAAUUGACUACAUGGUUAUUUUUUGAAAUUUUAUUGAGUCAUGAUAUAAAAGAAAUUGAUUUGGUUAGGAUAUAUGUAACACAUUAUAAGGAUCAUAUUCUUAUUUUAAAUAAUCCUCUUUAUUAGAAAUUACAAAUAGAACAAAUUCACACUUAUAAAUUAUAAUUAAUAUAAUAGAUUUUAAUUUUAUUUGAUGCACUCAAAAAACUUAAGUAAGAUUAAUAAUAAACCAGUUAAUUAAUUAAUCAAUUUAGAAAUGCUUUUGAAGUAUUUAAUAUAUUAAUAAUAUUUAUAGAAUGAUUAUAGAAACUUUAGGGAUGAUGAAUUAUAUGAUGAAAAGGUUAUAGAAUAGAUUAAAAUGAGAAUUGAUUCAUUAUGA